AACAAAACAGUUGUCAAAAAAUACAUGCUUUGUUUUCGUAUUAGGCGAGAUUUAUUUAAAGACAUUAAAGUAUCUAGUUGAAAACAGUUAAAAUUGUGUUAGGUUAUAGUAAAUACGCUUAUCCUUAUAUUAGCUUACAGAUUAACCAAUUCCUCAUUAAACACGGUAAAUUUCAAGUGACGUGAACUGAAAGUCCCAGUGUUUUCAUAUCCUUAAACUCGAAUAAUUGAUUGAAUUGAAGAAACUUCCUUACGCCAUCGCCGAACUUUGUGUGGUGAUAUUAGUAAGUGACCUGUAUAACCAUGGAUGUAGCAGACACUUACGCAACCCAGAGUCAAGUAAAGGAUGAGGUUGGAGUUAGAUGCCAGAAGUUGUUUCAGGAUUUCUUGGAAGAGUUCAAAGAAGACAAUGAACUGAAAUACGAAAAACAGGCCAAAGAGCUGCUCAAACCAGAACUGAGCACAUUAGAAAUAAGCUUCGAUGAUGUAGAGAAGUACAACCAGAAUCUUGCUACAACGAUAAUUGAAGAGUACUACAGGAUACACCCAUUCUUAAACCAAGCUAUAUUGAACUAUGUUCUGAGUCUUGCAGAAACUGGUAUGAAAAAAGACCUGCAAGAUAAAGAGUGCUACGUUUCAUUUGUUGAUGUACCAACAAGGCAUAAGGUUAGAGAGUUAACGACCGCCAAAAUAGGUACUCUGAUAAGGAUAUCGGGACAAAUUGUGAGGACCCAUCCGGUACAUCCUGAGCUUGUUACGGGAACCUUUGUGUGCUUGGACUGCCAGACUGUGAUAAAAAAUGUUGAACAGCAAUUCAAGUACACAAUACCAACAAUAUGCAGGAAUCCAGUGUGCGCUAAUCGUAGACGGUUCAUGUUGGAUGCGGACAAGUCAGUGUUUGUGGACUUCCAGAAGAUUCGCGUACAAGAGACGCAGGCAGAGCUGCCAAGAGGCUGUAUACCAAGAUCUCUGGAGGUCAUAUUGAGAGCUGAGGCUGUCGAAUCUGUGCAGGCAGGUGACCGUUAUGACUUCACAGGAACACUAAUAGUAGUUCCAGAUGUAGGCUCUCUGUCCUUACCAGGAGCCAAGGCAGAACUGACAACCAGGACACGACAAGGAAAUGACGGACAAAUGGAAGGUAUCAAGGGACUUAAGGCCUUGGGUGUACGGGAGUUGCAUUACAAGACAGCAUUUUUGGCAUGCAGCGUACAAGCUACCUCACGACGGUUCGGAACCGCAGAUCUGGCGACUGAUGACCUUACCACGGAAGAUAUGCGGAAACAGAUGACCGAUAAAGAAUGGGACAAGGUGUACGAGAUGUCUCGGGACCGGAACCUGUACAACAACUUGAUAACGAGCCUGUUCCCCAGCAUACACGGCAACAAUGAGGUCAAAAGGGGUAUACUGCUCAUGCUGUUCGGGGGAGUGGCCAAAACCACUAUUGAAGGAACAACUCUACGCGGUGACAUAAACGUAUGCAUAGUUGGCGACCCGAGUACAGCCAAAUCUCAACUGCUGAAGCAAGUCAGUGAGAUCACCCCCCGGGCGGUCUACACAAGCGGCAAAGCGUCCUCGGCUGCGGGUCUCACUGCCGCUGUUGUCAAGGACGAAGAGUCAUUUGACUUUGUGAUCGAGGCGGGGGCUUUGAUGUUGGCGGAUAACGGAGUGUGCUGCAUCGACGAGUUCGACAAGAUGGACCCCGGAGACCAGGUCGCCAUCCACGAGGCUAUGGAGCAGCAGACCAUUUCACUGGCCAAGGCCGGAGUACGAGCAACCCUCAACGCGCGGACCUCAAUAUUGGCAGCAGCGAAUCCAGUGGGGGGUCGAUACGACCGGGCGAAGUCCCUCCAACAAAACGUGGCUUUAAGUGCACCCAUUAUGUCGCGGUUCGAUCUAUUCUUCAUACUAAUCGACGAGAGUAGUGAGAUGGUCGACUACGCUAUCGCGAGGAAGAUAGUCGAUUUGCACUGCAAUAAAGAGGAGACCUACGAUUGCGUGUAUUCGAGGGAGGAUUUGCUGAGGUAUAUCGCCUUCGCGAGGUCCUUUAAGCCCCUCAUCACUGAGGAGGCGGGCAAGUUGCUGGUGGAGUACUACAGCUCGCUGCGUGCGCGGGGCGGCGGGGCGGGGGGCGGGGCCGCGGGGGGCGCGUGGCGUAUUACGGUGCGCCAACUGGAGUCCAUGGUGCGGUUGGCCGAAGCCCUGGCCAAGAUGCAUUGCAGCGGACACGUCACACCAAACCACGUGCACGAGGCGCACAGAUUACUCAAUAAAUCCAUAAUCAGAGUUGAACAGCCCGAUAUACAUUUAGACGAAGAGGAUCCGCAGUAUGAACCCAGUAUGGACGUGGAUCAAGAUACGCCGAACGGGACUAACGGAGAGGAGCCAGUGAAUGGAGACCAAGCGCCCAAAAAGAAGCUCACGUUAUCAUUUGAGGAGUACAAGUCUUUAAGCAACAUGCUCGUUGUGUUUAUGAGGAAAGAAGAGGUCGAGGCUGAAUCUAAAGGCGAGGAGAGUUCGGGCAUGAGAAAGAGCGCGGUAGUCAGCUGGUACCUCGAGCAGUUAGUAUCGCAGGGUCACAUCGAAAGCGAAGAUGAGCUGGUUGAAAGGAAGACCCUCGUGGAGAAGGUCAUUGACCGGCUCAUGUACCACGACCAAGUCAUAAUCCCGCUACAGACGACCGGUCUCAAAUCAACGCAGAAGUCUUCCGAGCAAGAGGUGGAAGACGACCCGUUGCUGGUGGUGCAUCCGAAUUACGUCGUCGACGCGUAGACAUUAUCUUGUUAAGCUGGCCUUUUUAUAAUAAAUCAUUGAAUUUACA